AUGAGGGUGCCGUGUUGCUCGCUAUGCCACGGGAGGUACGACGAGGAGGAGCACACCCCGCUUCUGCUGCACUGCGGGCACGGGUUCUGUAGGUGUUGUCUGUCGCGCAUGUUUUCGGCGUCUAUUGAUACUGCCCUGGUUUGCCCGAGAUGCCGCCACCCCACCGUCGUAGGCAACAGCGUCCUUGCCCUCCGGAAGAACUUCCCUAUCCUCUCGCUUCUUACUUCCUCCCCUUCCUCCCCUUCCUUUGAGCGCGUCCUCACCGAUGAGGAUGAAGAUGACGAUGGCGACAAUGCGGAUGGGUUCGAGCGCGAUGACGACGACGAUGAGCACUUUGGUGGAGGCCAAGGUAGGCGUUGGGGACAGGAGCUGGAGUCUGAACUUGAGUACUUUGGGUCUCAUCGUCGCCGUAGGGGGAGCCACCGAUCUCGCGUUUCUGUCUCUGGUCGCUGCUCUGGUGUUGGAAGUGGCGGAAGCAGGGAUUCAUGCUCAGCCAUUGACCUCGGAGUUCAUCACAAUAUCAAACUUCUGAGGAAAAUUAGGGAGGGACGGAGGCCUGGGUUGGAGGUGUGGACUGCUUUACUCUCAGGGAGUUCUUCUGCAUCCUCUGUGUCAUCGUCGUCACCAUCUGUGAGGUGCCGGCAUAGGGUUGCUGUGAAAAAGGUGGAGAUAACAGCUGAUAUGGACGUGGUGUGGGUGCAGAGCAAACUUGAGAAUCUUCGUCUCGCUUCCAUGUGGUGUAGGAAUGUCUGUGCUUUCCAUGGGGCCAUCCGGAUAGAUAAUUCUCUCUGCCUCAUCAUGGACAGGUAUAAUCGCUCCAUACAGUCCGAGAUGCUGGAGAAUAAAGGCCGCCUCACGCUAGAACAGAUACUCAGGUCAAAGCCUAUUUUCCCUUUUCAAGUUAUGCUUAAAUUACAAAUUUCUUUCAAUAAUCAGUCCAUUCUUUAACCUCCAAAAUAAACUGAUGGAUCAGAUAGCAUUUGCUGGGAUCAGAUCUAAUGAGGACAAAAUCUAGAAAUUUAAUAAUCUGGAUUCUCUAGCCACAUCAUAUUUCUAUAUAUUUGAUAAGAAAACAUUCUAUUUAACAUCUGACAGAUUCAUGCACAUUGUAGAUUGAAAGGUGGCAUGGCCGCUGUGCAGAAUGACAAGCGUUUAUGUUCAAUUAUCUACUAGAUAGUUGAACGCCUUUUGAGCGUCUCUUUUGAUUUUUGAGAGAGAACGGUUCUUUUCCGUUUUGGCUUGUAAGAAGGCAGUGCUCUGUUCAUUCUUGAUGUUUAUGAUCUGCACUCAAAAUACCUAAUUAAUCUAUAACUAAAUACAGGAAACACCUGAAGCUUUCGAAAUGCUAAUUUACUGUUGCAGGCUUUCAGGAGAAAAGAAACAAGUAGACAGCUGCAUGGACUAGAUCAGGAAGUUGUCUUAUACUAUUGACGUGUGGGUGAUUUGUUUUGCUUGGUUGAAGAAAAAAUAAGGAAAGCAAUGAGCAGACUGAGGUGCACUAUUGACUGGAGAUACUUAUUUUUACUUUUGUCAGAAAUGAGAUGAGGGGAAACUUGUCGAGUCUUAGCCACUUUAAGGUAGUUUUAUUCUUUCCCCAUGAUAAAUCUUAAAACGAAAAAUAUUAGUUAAAUGGGAGCAUAUUACUUGGUAUGCAAUACAUUCUGAAAAUCUUUCUGUCAUAAGCUGAUAGUAUGAAUUGCGGAAAACAUGUGACUAAGAAUAGUGGGAGAUAAUGCAGUGGAUUCUGAACGUUUGAAAUUGAUUGCAAAUGGAACUGUGUGGAGGUCCAGAGGUUAUCAAUAUGUAGAAUUGGGAUGUUAUUCAUCAGAUAUGGCGAAAUACUUGAUUUCUUGAAAAGGCUGGCAAUAGGCAGAUGCAAACUUCAGCUAGAGGUUUGUUCUCCCAUUUCUUAGAUUAGGCAUCUCGCUAACUAUGAAUACUUUGGUGAAGGAAAUAGAUUUGAUGACAAGGGUAAUUUGAGAGCUUAGAGCAUAUUGUGGAUCAUUUGAAAGAAUCUAUUCUGGUUGUUGAAAUGCAGCUAUUCAGCUGCACUUUGAUAAGGAAAAUAUGCAAGACUUUGAUGAUUAAAAUCUAUAAUCCUUUUGUGGAGGAACUUUUUCCUAAGGGGUGCUAUCAACCUAGUUAUUUUGGUGUCAACCAAUCUUGUAGUGUUUUCUUUUUUUUAAUGCCUAAGUUGUUAGGCUUAAGUUCCCAGCAUUUCUUAAGGUUUUGUCACAGGCGAGCUAAUUGAACUUCUCUUAUUGUUGAAUGUUGGUAUUUCUCCUUUUCAUCGUAUGUGGUCCAUUUCCGAAGAUACUCUCAUUUUAGGGCAAAACAGGCAACAAAUUGAAAAUGAAGUUAUUUAGCUCUUUUACACUAUAUAGAAUAAUAUAGCCAGAAUGUGCUCCUAUAUGGUAGCUUAACACCGCCUACUGGUCAUGUGUUUCAUAGAUCACCAAUCAAUUCUAUGCAGCAUCUGCAAAAACAACAUUAAAAAAUCGUUAAUAAUGGGGAAUUGGCUGGAGUUUGGAUGGAAAAUUUGUAGAAAGUGGUUAGUUUUGUUUAUAUUUUCCUGCCUUGGACAAACCCUUGAAACAAGAAUCUUUGCUCAUAAGUCUUAUGGGUUAUCUAAUGAGAGGAUUUUAUGUACUUUGAUAGUCGGAUAGGAAUUCUUGUUUUGCAGUUUUGAAGAGAUGCCUAAAAUACUGGAUUUUUCAAAAGGACAAUGUUAUAAAAACCUGAUAGUCUGGUAAUGUAUUUGAUUUGGGCCACUUGUGGAUUAAUCCAAACAUCAUCUGUUUUCCUGGUCUUGAACGAAAGAUGGUAUGAGGCUUAGAACAAACCGUGAUUCCUGUCAAUGUUGCUGUCUUUCAUAGUCUCAAAUUAAUGGCUGAACUACUACAAAAAACUCAGUUGUGUGAUGACUAAGCUGUGUAUUACAUUAGUUGCUUGCUAUAUCAAGGAAGAGGAUAGGUUUUCCUCACGUUCUCCUUUGUGACACAGGCCUGGUAGAAUGCUGGAAGGUGAAAAAUAUAUUCAUGCUCUUGUAAACAGUAUUUGAUGGUCAACAACCCUCUUGUCUUACCACAAAAAACUCAGUUGUGUGAUAAUUAAGCUGUGUAUUACAUGAUUUGCUUUCUGUAUCAAUAAAGAGGACGGCUUUUCAUCACAUUCUCCUUUGUGACACAGGCCUGGCAGAAUGUUGGAACGUAAAAAAAUGUUCAGGGUCUUGUGAACAGCAUUUGAUGCUCAACACUCCUCUUCUGGUCUCCAAAACCGGGUUGGGAAAAAUAGACUAGUGAAUUUGUGACGCGUAAUGUAACCUGGAGCAAGAGGGUGGAAGGAAGAAAGAAGAUGUGAUGUUUUCUUGGGCUUUGAUGAAUGAAUGAACUUUUGUUAUGCUGAAUAGCUUGGCUUCUUCCUUGUAAUAAAAAUAUAUUCUUUGUGUGAAAUUUUAUGAGCUGCUGAUUUUCUUUUUCGCCUGUCAUUGGAGAAGAAUAUGCUCGCAUCGUUCAUAUCCUUCUUUCUUAUGCAACUUAAAUUUGUCGUUGUUCAUUAUCUUUUUUCUGUAGUCAUCAUUUCUUGUGCUAAUUUUUUUUGUUGCUCAUGUUUUUCACUCUUUUCCAGCCUAAAUGUUGUAUUGCAGCAUUUAAAAGGCUGUUGUUCAAUCUUUCGAGUGUACAUAAAUGUGUAAUAUCUUGAUGCCUUUGGAUUUUAAUACAUUUCUUCCUUAUUUUGUGUGAAUAUCAUAACCAAGGCAUCAGUGCUUGCAAAUGGAAAAAAGGCAACUUUCUUUCAUAUUGUUAACUGCUUUACUUUGUGGAUGACAUUCCCAAUCUUCUGUUAUAGAUAUGGGGCAGACAUUGCUCGUGGUGUUGCAGAACUUCAUGCAGCAGGUGUUGUUUGCAUGAAUCUGAAACCGUCUGAUAUUCUCUUGGAUGCAAGAGGUUGUGCUGUAGUUUCUGAUUAUGGGCUGCCAGAGAUUUUAAAAAAAUCUUCCUGCCGCAAAGCUAGGACACUUCCAGAGGAUAACUCAUCAAGAAUGCAUUCCUGUAUGGAGUGUACUAUGUUGAAUCCGCAUUACACAGCUCCUGAGGCUUGGGAGCCUAUAAAGAAAAUAAAUUUGUUUUGGGAUGAUGCAAUUGGUAUAUCCAUGGAGUCAGAUGCCUGGAGUUUUGGGUGCACGCUUGUAGAAAUGUGCACUGGUUCAAUGCCGUAUGUGACUCACCUCUUUUCAGCCAAUAUUUACUAGUUUUUCACCGUAAGUUGCUGAUUAUACAAGUAUAAUUGCAGAUGGUCUGGAUUAAGUCAUGAGGAAAUAUACAAAGCUGUUGUCAAGAUGCGAAAGCUACCCCCACAGUAUGCAAGCGUUGUGGGUGUUGGGAUUCCCAGAGAAUUGUGGAAAAUGAUUGGGGAGUGUCUGCAGUUCAGGGCUUCAAGACGACCAACCUUCCAUGCAAUGCUGUCAAUAUUUUUACGUCAUCUGCAAGAGAUACCUCGUAGUCCUCCUGGGAGCCCGGAAAAGUAUGGAUUCCUGGAUUUUAUUUCUGUUUGGGUUUGUAUCGUUCUAUCGUAAUUCUCUUUUGCUGCAGUCAUUGCUGGCAGCUGGCAAUAUCUCUAAAAGAAUUCGAAACAAUUUUUUUCACACAGUCCAUAUGAGCACCUGUUAGCCGGAUGUUGAACUUUGGCAUUAUACUUCUUUAUUUUUUCCAUGAGUUACGAGUGCAACCUCUCACAGGAAAUUUAUGUCUUUUCAUUUAUUUAUACACAGUGAGUUGAGCAAGACUUUUCUCGCUAAUGCCCCAGAGCCGUCCCCCACAUCUGUGUUGGAUGUUUACCAGCAUAAUCCAAGUGCUCUACAUCGACUAAUAUCAGAAGGGAACCUGGAUGGUGUCAUGUGAGUUUUAUUGUUAAAUGGUUUAUUUGUUUUGCAAGGAUCAUAUUCAUAUUCAAUCAUCUCUAUUUGUAGCGAUUUGCUGAGAAAGGUUUCAUCAGAAAGAAGUGGAUCUUCCUUUUGUUCUCUUCUGGAGGCUCAGAAUUCUGAUGGUCAAACUGCUCUGCAUUUAGCAUGCAGAAGAGGUCAUGUAGAAAUUGUGAAAGCCAUUCUUGAGUACAGAGAGGCUGAUGUGGAUAUCCUUAACAAGGAUGGAAAUCCCCCUAUCGUGUUUGCCUUGAAUGCUGGGUCACCAGGUUGUGUUCAAGCUCUUGUCUGUAGGUCUGCCAAUGUCAACAUGAUGUUGGGAGAAGGCCUUGGCCCAUCUAUUGCCCAUAUUUGUUCUCUCCAUGGGCAACCUGAAUGCAUGCGUGUGAGUUUGAUCUUUUAUACAUACUAGUAAUAAUUUUUUCAUUCUUAUUAUUACGUAGUUUCUCUGUUCUCAGCAUGUUUUUUCUUGAUCAUAGGAGCUGUUGCUGGCUGGGGCUGAUCCCAAUGCUGUUGAUGACGAAGGAGAUUCUGUUUUACAUAAGGCUAUUGCUAAGCGGAACACUGAUUGUGCCAUUAUUAUCUUAGAAAAUGGGGGAUGCAAAUCAAUGGGGAUUCUGAAUUCGCAAAGGAAAACGUAAGAAUCUGGAUCAUCUAUUGGAAACAGUAUACCCUGAAAAUGUCCCACUUCAUCUUGUUUGCUGAAGGCUUUUCCAUUUUCCGGGCUUUCAAUCACUGAACUCAGUUUCCUGCUUCGUCCUUUGGGUUUUUCUUCUAGUGCUUUUUCUGAUGAAGAAAUGAUGCUGUGCGGUCCAAUUCUGCUGUGAAACUCAAAUAAUAUUCAUGUUCAUAGUCUCUUGCAUCCACUUUGUGGGUUUCUUUUUAUGAUUCAUGUUCAGAAUAUUCUGAUGAAGAAAUACUUGUGUGGAGUUCAAUAAUUCCCUGCAUUUUAUACUAAUAGGCGUGUAGAAUCUAAUUUUUUUCCGAAUGACGCUUGUGAUGGGUAAUUUAUAUUUCUAUUUUACUAUCAAAACUGAUUGUAUUUUUGGGUAAAAAAGCUUUAAAUAUAUUCGAUAUUUCAUUUGGACGUUUUUUGGGGUAGUAUUUUGUUGAGGAAGAGCAAAAAGGAUUUUAUCUUUUCCUUCUUGUGUAACUAGUAGUAACCCAUAUGUAUGUUGAAUAAGGCCUUAUAAAUUAUUUAUAUGAAAGCUAGCGUCAAAUAUUUAACCAUAUUUAAUGAGUUUGAACAUGUGAACAGGCCAUUGCACUUGUGUGUAGAGACGUGGAAUGUCACUGUUGUGAGAAGGUGGGUGGAGAUAGCAUUGCAAGAGGACAUUGAUAACGCCAUUGAAAUUCCGAGCCCAAUUGGGACUGCCCUUUGUAUGGCAGCUGCCCUAAAGAAAGAACGUGAAAUUGGUAAUUUGAUUGAAUUGUUUUCGAAUGAGUUUUUGAUUUUUAUUCCUUCAAUCAAGUUUUCCUAUCAUCAUCAUUGUUGUCCCAAUUAUCAAACUUAGCCCCUCAAUUUGAGAUCUUCUAAUCGAACCAUUAUAGUAUUUAGGGGUUGAUAAGUAUGGAGAUGCUUUGUCUUGGGAGAUUCUCAACUGAUCUGCAAUCUGUGUUGAAGACUGAUAUAAACUGAAAGUUAUAAAAAUAUCUUGAGUUAGAAGAUUAUCCCAUCCAAUAUCUUAAUAAAUUAGACUAGUCCAAGCCUAAUAAGGACUUAUAUAUAAUGCUAUCUGUUAUAUGAGACAGAUCCUGAGGACAUGUGGUUUAAUUUUAUUUUUCUAUUGGUACAAUUCGCCUGGCAUUUGCUAUCAUAGAUGAUAAUUUUUUUAUCGCUCAUUUUGGGAUUAUCAGGAAAAUAUAAUAUCUUCAAGUUCCAAGGUUAUGCCAUUUUUUGUUUUAUCAAAAUACGCUUUUUUUUUCUCUUUUGUUCAGUUCUAUGCUAUGGGACCUUUUUUCUGGCUCAUUAGGGUUUCUCCAUGCUUGUAGCUGAUCUGUGUUAGUAGGUAUUGGAAUGAAGUUUUUCUUUUCAGAUGAUUUGUGGCAAUAGACAUGUCCUAAAUAUGCGGAUGUCUUCACGGUUCUCUAAGGUUUACCCGGCUGUCUUCACAAAUGUGAGUCAGCCUAUGGAGAAGAUGCGAAUUAAUGACAAUAAGCUUUCACUCUCCUAUGAUUUAGUGAAAUUUAAGGUUUUCAGAAGAACCGGCUGUUAUCCUUAUCCUAGUGGACACAGGUAAUGAAGCUCAUGAUAUUGGAGGAUGGAACUAUUAAUUAAGAAGAAGGUGAUUUUACAAGAUGCUGGAAACGUGAAUGAAGCUAUUUGGUGGGGCUUCAAGGCUGAAUAAUUACAUUUUGAUAAGUUCGUUCUGAAUGCCCAAAUGGUUGGAAGGUCUUUAAAGGAGAGUCUUCACAUUUUGGUGGUGACCAACUCAAUGGAAAACACAGAGACAAUGGAGAAGGAUUCGCUCCAUCUGUUGGGAAAGCUUUAAAUAGGAGUGUGCUGCCUGAAGAACUACAGGGCAUACAUAAAAAACAACAGAAUCAACUACAUAAACCCACGAACUAAUUGGUGGUAAUUACUAUUGUUGCGGAAAUUUUGGUUUAGCGUGCCUACCAGCUCGUGGCAUAGGAGUAAAUGUCUUUCGCUAACAGGGUGGAAGUCCACAUAAAUGUUUAUAUGAUAAAUAAACGAUAUUGGUGAGUAGGGUGAAGAUAUGAUUUUUACAUGCCUUAAUAAUUUCAGAAUUUUUGGCCUUUGACCCCUACAUGCAUCCAAACAAGUUUAGGACUCUGGUGUCACCAUAAGAUAAUAAAGACUAAGAGUGCGAGGAAAGAGUGAUUAAAUUAUCAUGGAUAGGUUAGUGCUGAACAACCUUGGAUUUUGUGUCUUGUCUUACUGGAUAUACAAGCGGACAGGGAUAACAGAUUAGCGUUCAUUUUGAUGAAUUGGUAAGAUAUCUUUCUCUAUUAGCUAUGUUCUUUGAUGAAUUGAUUAUUGGUGUAGUAGGUAUGGAUAUCAAGCUCAUAAUUUUGGGACGACCUUGAUAACAAUGAGAAUUAUCUAUCAUGCAUUGUUUACAGGACGGAAGAAAAAUGGCACUGUACCAUUUAGAUUAAAAUAAGAUCUCAAUGCUGUUCAGACAAGGGAUCUUAGGAAUCAAAGGAAAGUAGGAAGAUAAAUAUCUUUGCAUGAAAGGAGUUCAAUCUGCUUUUGCACCUAAUAACUUAGAUUUGAAAAAUUUCAUGUUUUUUUAAUGAAUAGCUGAAUAACUUACUAAUUAUGCGCUUGAACUCCAUGCCAUGGUGUAAGUGUUGAAGCAUUGGAAAUAGUAAUUGGUUCUUUUGGUAAAAGAGAGUUCGUUUUGUACAUUGUACAUCAAGCACAUUGAUACACGGAUAGUUUUCAAUGUACUGACUUUUUGGAGGAAGUCAUAUUUCAUCUAAAGGAUACUCAUGGGGUUGAAAACAAAAUUGCUUAUGCACAAAGCCAAGGGUAGAAAUAAUUGAAAACUAUGAGCACAGAUGUGAUUUAUGAACGGACUCUGCAAGAUACACUAUCUAUUUAAUACCUCAAUCCAUUGUAUUUAUCUAUAUUGUAGGUGCAGAAUAUUUUGAUGAACAUAUUAUCUCUGCAUGAUCAACAUCUGGGGUAGGAAAUGGUAAAGAUCAACACUUAGGAUAGUCAAAGAGUAAGAUUUUACUAGUGUUGUCUUUUUUUCGUACUGAAACGGAUUAUAACUGAUAAGCUAUCUGGAAUGAGCAUAUUUGGUCCAUUUUCUAGUUUUGACAGGAACGUUGUGAAGUUCCGAGUUAGGGUAUCUAUUGCUCAUAUCCAUAGCUCUAGAUUUAUUCCUUGUGGAGUACUAUGCUCUUUGGGCUUUUUCCCUUACCCCUUGCCAAACUUCCUACUUGAUGGAUAUCAUUACAUUAGAUCUGCCGAAAUUGGGCCCAAAACUUUCUGAUUUGUUUGAAAGUAGAGCUUCUAGGCUUUAACUAUCCCCACAAUCCCAGCAAGUACUGAUUUCUUGAGUUCUCAGGGUGUCUAGCUUUCCUCUGGAUCUUGGGUCAACUGAAUAAUUGAUAUCGAUAUCACAUCUGGCAGUGGAAAUAAAGCGAAAUUUGGUGUCCAAAGUCAUGUCCGCCCACUUACAAGUAGAUAAAAAUACUUUUUCGGGCUUGUAGCUUAGACCGAUAGAAUGGAGGAGAUAACCAUCUUUGGUGUUCUUGGAACUUGGAAAAUGUAUAUAUGAAAACGUGAAUGAGAAGGUUCGAUAAGAUUUAUUGUUUUUUUUUGUUGUAACUUAACAAUAAUCCAGAAUGCUGCUUUGGAGUUGUUUAUUGGUUACUAAGAAAUUAGUCACUGAACUGAUUAGGACUUUUUAUCUGCUAAUUAGAUCAAAGAACAUCAUCGAGGACACUUUUUAUCUGCUAGUGUUUUAUCUUGCAUAAGUGAUCUAGAAAUGCUUGGUCGUGUUAUUAACUUUAUUAUCUUGAAAGUGAUAGAUUCAUGCCUUUUUAUAUUAAUUGGUAGUGGUGAAGCAAGCAUGUAAGUUGGCAGGUUGUUUCUUCCAGAGCCAUAAUAUUUCAAAUUGUUUUUAAGAAAAUAUGGGAUGAAUAAUACCAAAUAUGCUUUUGAUAGGUAAUGUGAAAAUUGAAGAAUUUUUUACAAACGAUUGCAAGCUCCAAAAAUUUGGUCAUUGUUUGAGUUUUUGAAGGAACUUUGCUCACUUUCUGGUUGAAACGCUACAAAACUUUUACCUACGAACCAGAACCAACCAUUGGUGUUUAUGUAUCAGGCAAUCUCAAAACUGUGGAAUAUUGGUCUAUCAAGGAGUAGUCUCAUUCUGUAGUUUGUCAUAAAUAAAUUAUAAUAAUGAUAAAUACUUGUUUUUUAUCUUUUCUUAGGCACUUUUAUAUUUUUAUUUCAACCUGACGGGUCAUUCCAAUAAUAUCACGUAUGCCAAUCUUUUAGAUAUACACUUGCAUGAGAAAUUUUAGAAAUGAAAGUGUUGAACAUAGCCUUCUCCCCUUGGGGAUGACCUGGAAAAUGCAUGUCUUGCCUUCAUCCGAUGUUGCGCCAAAGUACUGACAUCUCUCUUUGAACAUAGUAAAGUACAAUAUAAAGGAUAGUGGUUUCACCAACUCUUAUUUUCGUUUGAAUUCAUUGGACAGAGGGGCGAGAGUUGGUGAGGGUAUUGCUUAAUGCUGGAGCAGAUCCAACUGCCCAGGAUGAUGUGCAUUAUCGAACGCCUUUACAUACAGCAGCCAUGGUUAAUGAUGCAGAGCUUGUUAAGGUAAUUCUUGGUUUUUUUGUUGUGGGUUUUCCAUUCUUCUUUGUAAUUCAUGAACUCCGGUCCUUUGGGGGAUCUUUUUAUAUUUUUUUAGUCCUUUACCAGAUAAUGUUGGAUGCUGGAGUUGAUGUCAAUAUAGUGAAUGUGCAAAAUACAAUACCUCUUCAUGUUGCUCUGAACAGAGGUUCGAACUCAUGUGUUGGAUUGCUUUUGUCUGCUGGUGCAAACUGCAAUUUUCAGGUAUUUGGUUUCUUUUCAUAAUACUAUGAACUACGUUUGUUAUCAUGAUGAAGUGGGAUUUGAGGAAUGCUAUUUUAAAGUUGCUUAAAUAAUUCACUAUCCUUGCCAAAGCCUUUUGAUUGAACUGUGUCAAAGAGGAACUAUGCUUGAUUCUACCAUAGUAACGUGUAUGGUCUAGAUAUGAGGAGGAUCUCCUCUCCCAAUAUAUUUUUUUUGCUUUCUUCUGACUGCGGAAAUAAUAUUAUUUUCAAUUUUAUUUGCAAAAUAGUAUGACACAUAAAAUCUGAGGUUUUGCAUCUGACAUUCUAGCAUCUCUGUUAGCUCCUGUCCCAUCUUUUGGUUCCUAAUUAUAAUUCGGUGUUUAUUUUGUUCAGGAUGAUGAUGGUGAUACUGCUUUCCAUAUAGCCGCUGAUGCAGCUAAGAUGAUCAGGGAGAACCUCGAAUGGAUUGUUGUUAUGCUUCAGUAUCCAGAUGCUGCUGUUGAGUUAAGAAAUCACAGGCAAGUUACUAUCCAUAGAAUUAAGCUUGCCUAUGAAAAAACUUGUAUGUGCUUCUCUCUUGCCAUUAUGAUGGUGGCCAAUUCAUAUUUUGUUGCUAGUUUUAGAGUCCCGUUGUCCAUCCAUAGAAAAAUGAGACUUGCUGAACCUCUUGAUUGUUGACAGAGGUAUGACAUUAUGUGAUUUUUUGGAGGCUCUCCCUCGUGAAUGGAUUUCUGAAGAUCUGAUGGAAGCUCUUAUCGAUAAAGGAGUUCUUCUGUCCUCAACCAUGUAAGCAGAAUGUUUACCUUGCCGAGUGACCAUCAUGCAUGUUUUGGAUUUCAUUCAGUUCAGAGAAGUGGUUUUGCUUCCGUUUGAUAUCAAUACAUUUCGUUCUCUCCUCUGACGUGGGACUUUUUACUUGUUUCAUUUGUGAUUUUUAGAUACAAUGUCGGGGACUGGGUGAAAUUCAAGAGAAGCGUGGUGACUCCUACAAAUGGUUGGCAAGGGGCAGAUCAUAAAAGUGUAGGUUUUGUUCAGUCAACGGUGGACAAUGACCAUCUAAUUGUGUCAUUUUGCUCUGGUGAAGCCAAUGUUCUGAUAAAUGAGAUUACGAAAGUCAUACCUUUAAACCGGGGACAACAUGUCCGCCUAAGGAGAGACGUCAGAAACCCAAGGUAUGCUUCUUUUGUCAUUCAAGGCCUACUAUACAUGUAUUCACAUACUUGCAUGCACAUAUCGGUGAUGGCCUUAAGCACAUAUUGAUGGGCAUACUGCUAUGCAUGUAGGUUUAUAUAAAUGCUAGUUGGAGUCAUAUUUAACUUCUCCCUUAAACUCACUGUGUGUCCUUACUGGUAAUAUAAUUCUCAAACGUUUCCUUGUAAUUUGGAGAUGAUCACUGGGUUCACGAUCAUUCUUUCAUAUCUGUGAUAUAGCUUCCUUGGAUUAAUUAAGACUCUAUGAUUCCGAGAAAUCUUACAUCCUUGUUGCCUACUGGGCUAUAUCGGGAAUGUUUGUAGAAGCAUAAAAAUGUUUAUACAAGGGAAAAAACUGAGCAUGAUAGUGUAGAUAUCCACAAUUAAAGUUGAAUAACGAAGAUCAGUCCCACAGAGGUGCGAUACGGAUUCAAUUUAGUAGGAAUUUUAGCGUAGGGCUUUACAAUGAAACCAGUGUGGAACCUUCAGGAGCCUUGAAUUGUCUGACCUAGCUUCGUAAUUACCAAGGAUUGUAGCCUUAGAAAAUUAAUCCAACACCUAUCUAGUCAAUGGACCCUAAACCCAAUGAGUCGUCCGAGGUCUCAGGCAAUGACAUAGCUUUAUGAUUAUUAUUUUCUUCAUUUGUAAAUUAUCUCGAAUGAUCUAGAUAUGGUUACCAAGACAUCUUUCCUUUCUGAUGUUAUACUCUUGUUGAUUUAUGCUGAUAACAAUUCUAUUAAAUCUUUUGAACAGGUUUGGAUGGCGUGGCCGGUCACAUGAUAGCAUUGGAACUGUUCUCUGUGUUGAUGAUGACGGAAUUCUGCGAGUAGGUUUUCCUGGGGCAUCAAGGGGAUGGAGUGCAGAUCCUGCUGAAAUGGAAAGGGUCGAAGAAUUUAAGGUGGGUGAUUGGGUACGGAUUCGCCCCUCCUUGACAACUGCUGUACAUGGACUGGGAUCUGUAACACCUGGGAGCAUUGGGAUAGUCUACUGUAUCAGGCCAGACAGUAGCCUUUUACUGAGUCUCAGCUACCUGCCAAGCCAGUGGCAUUGUGAACCAGAGGAAGUCGAACCAGUUGAACCAUUUAGGGUAAAGACGUGAUUUCCUUUAAAUUUAGUCUGGGUCAUAUGUGUAACACCUGGGUUUGAUUUAUGAUUCUUUUUAUCUUACAGAUCGGUGACCAGGUAUGUGUAAAGAGAUCUGUUGGAGAACCAAGAUGUGCAUGGGGUGGUGAGACGCAUCACAGUGUUGGAAGGAUAAUUGAUGUUGAAAGUGAUGGGCUUCUCACUAUUGAAAUUCCAAAUCGAUCUGCCCCCUGGCAUGCUGAUCCUUCUGACAUGGAGAAAGUGGAAAAUUUCAAGGUGAUACAUCUCAUUUCCUUCUUUGAUCACAUUAUUGUCGCUCAUUGGGAUUUCAUUUUUGUGGUGAUUUCACUCUUUUUUUUUUUUAAACUGUUCUUGCAGGUGGGAGACUGGGUAAAGGUUAAAGCCUCUGUAUCUGCUCCAAAAUAUGGAUGGGAGGAUGUUACGAGGAACAGUAUAGGAAUAAUCCAUUAUCUAGAGGAUGAUGGAGAUAUGGGUGUUGCUUUCUGCUUCAAAAGCAAGCUCUUCUGUUGCUCUGUUGCUGACAUGGAGAGAGUGCAGCCUUUUGCAGUGGGGCAAGAGAUUCAUGUGAACCCGGCUAUUGUUCAGCCGCGACUUGGAUGGUCGAAUGAAACUCCGGCUACUGUUGGGAAGAUCUCGAGGGUAGACAUGGAUGGCACCUUAAAUGUAAGUGGAACUUACAUUAACUCUCUCUGAUGGGAUGGAUCAGACUUCAUGAUGGUGGUGAUGAUGAUGAUGCAAUCUCCUCAACUUUUUUAUUUUAAUUUUAUUUUUGGUGUAUCCAUGCUAAUGUUGUUGUCCUUAUCUCUAUAGGUGAGGGUGGCUGGGAGAGAGUCCUUGUGGAAGGUCUCUCCUGGAGAUGCAGAAUGCCUUCCAGGGUUUGAAGUCGGUGACUGGGUUCGUCUGAAACAAAGCUCCAGUGCUCGACCUAGUUAUGACUGGAACGGCGUUGGGAAAGAAAGCAUAGCUGUCGUGCAUAGCAUACAGGAAUCUGGCUAUUUAGAGCUGGCCGGUUGCUUUAGGAAAGGGCGGUGGAUAACUCACUUCAUGGACGUUGAGAAGAUCCCCUGCUUGAGAGCAGGUCAAUAUGUGCGUUUCCGCCAUGAACUAGCAGAGCCACGGUGGGGCUGGAGAGGUGUGGACCCCAGCUCCCGGGGAGUUGUAGCCGCUGUCCAUGCUGAUGGAGAAGUGAUGGUGGCUUUUCCUGGUGUGGUCGGUGUGUGGAGAGGAGACCCUGCUGACCUUGAAAGAGAGCAGCUUUUUGAGGUAGGGGAGUGGGUGAUGCUGCGGGACACUGGCUGGAAGACCCUGAAACCUAGAAGUGUCGGCAUUGUUCAGGCACUCGGAUAUGAAGGAGACUCUUGGGACGGAACAGUACGUGUGGCCUUUUGUGGGGAGCAGGAAUGGUGGGUCGGGAACCCAUGUCAGCUGGAGAGAGCGGAGAGGCUGGUGACAGGGGACAGAGUGCGGAUGAAGAGUAGUGUGAAGCAGCCGAGGUUUGGGUGGUCUGGCCACAACCAUGGCACUGUGGGUACGAUAUCAUCUGUUGAUGGGGAUGGAAAGUUGAGAGUAUACAUGCCUGGGGGGGGGAAGGCAUGGUUGAUGGACCCGGCGGAGGUGGACAAGGUGGAGGAGGUGCAGAUUUGUGUUGGGGACUGGGUGAGGGUGAAAAGCUCCAUCACAAUGCCGGCAUACCAGUGGGGUGAGGUCUCCCAUGCCAGCAUAGGUGUGGUCCACAAGAUGGAGGAGGGGAAGCUCUGGGUCGCCUUCUGCUUCCUUGACAAGCUAUGGGUGGCAAGAAUGUCAGAGAUGGAGCGAGUGAGGGAGUUCAAGGUGGGAGACAAGGUGAAGGUCAGACCAGGGCUGGUGACUCCAAGGUGGGACUGGGGGGAGGAGACCCAUGCCAGCCAGGGCGAGGUGAUGGGCGUCGAUGCCAAUGGAAAGCUGCGGAUAAGAUUCAAGUGGAGGGAUGGGGGGCUGUGGAUUGGAGAUCCUGCUGACAUCGUUUUGGAUGAGACGUCCAAUGAUAGCACCGAGUGUGAACACAGCACAAUACACCAAUAA